AUGCAUGAAUCUAAACCACAGAACAAUUUAGAAGGAAAGAGCAGCAACUGGGGAGGAAAAUGUUUCUACAUAUCAAAAGAAGAAAAGAAUUGGACUCUCAGUUUAAAUACCUGUUCUUCAUUUAAUGCAUCCUUGGCUGUGAUUGAUACACAGAAGGAAUUGGAUUUUUGGGUGGAAAUUUUUCAUCCCUUUCAUUAUUGGUUUGGUCUCUCAAGAGAAAUUAAGCAGGUCUGGAAAUGGUUCAAUGGCACAGAGUUUAAAAACCAGUUUGCAGUGCGAGGAGAAGGUUUCUGUGCUUAUGUAGACGGAAAAGGAGCCAGUAGUACCAUAUGCUCCAUGGAGAAACAUUUUCUCUGCAGCCGGCCAGAAAGUUGUACCAAGCCCGAAUAAUGCAACCUCAUCAAAAAAAAGGGAGCUUCUGGCUUUACCAGAGUUUAUUGGAGAAGCACGUGUGUGCGUAGUAUCUCCUGCCACACCCAGUUUUGCUAGUUGCCACAUAGACUUUAGUUG